AUGCUACGAUUGCAAUCUACCUUCGCACUUUUGCUAGCCUUGAGCCUCUUCUUCAAUAAAGCUCAUGGAUUUUGGUGGCCGUGGAGUAAAAGCCAAGUCAUCGGCUAUGCAAUGGUUUCCGAAGAGCACGCUGAUCUAAUCAAUACGGAAAACGAUUUAGUUGUAGAAGAUACUACAGACUAUCAAAUAGGACCUGGCUUUUACCUUCGAGACAAACCUAGCUGGGAAAGUCAAGCAGGAAAAUGGUAUUGUGUUGUUAAAGCGGACAAGAAAAAGAUGAAAGAAAUCCGCAAAACGUUGAUCCCGGAAUAUUACGAAUCAAAUAUUAAGCCUGGUCGGAAGCAAAAAAUACAAUUAUGGGGCGCAGAAGAAGAAGUCAUCUUGCACUACAUCCGAAGUUAUCAAAGGAUGUAUGAACCCGAGGAAGUGCUGCGAUUUUCUCGGAUUAAUGGCCUCGAUCAGCAACUACAGAUGAAUAUUCCAACAAAAAUGGCAAUUGACGGUGAUUUGGGUUUCUGGGCCAAAUGCUUUGAAACAAAAGAAAAGCUAAGGAAAUAUUCGGACAAGACUAUUGAGUGGGAACGCGAUUGGAUGCCUCGUAUCCGUCUCGGGAGAGCUACUACGUCGCAGGCGUAA